AUGUCACGAUUAGAAGGCCAAUCUGCAGGCCCAACAUGCCCUGGAUGGUUUGAGGUGGACCUGCACGCUACCAAUGUGCCGCUGAGUGCGCCGAUCAAUUACGUAGCUGCUAGGACAAUUUGUUAUGCGGCAGCCAACAGCGUGCAUUUGUGGAACUUGGACUCCAACUCAAGGUCAUCCUUCCCGACGACCGCUUACGCUGUGACAAAGCUGUGCACAAACGUGGCGCGAGGGUUGGUUGCCUACAGCGAAGGUGGUUCUCAGCCGCAGGUCCACGUUUACUCUUGCUCGCCGCAGAAGCUGUUGUUUACAAUUCCUGAACUCACGGAGCUCGAACUAGCUGACAUGGCGUUCAGCCGGUGUGGCUCACGCCUGUAUGCCUUGUCCAGGGCAACAUCCAAGAAACUUCAAACGUAUUCGAUGUUAACGGGGCAGCCGCUUCCGGGCUGUGAAAUACAGCUCCCGCUCCGCUUUGACAAGAUUUCUGUGUAUCCUGGCCACAAGGACCAUGUAGCGUUGAUUCGCAGCUCCGCUGUUCGAAUCCUUUCUAUCACCAAGUCCUUCGAGACAUAUAUAGCCAAGCUGCAACCGCCGUCGAUUCCAACAGACACGGACUUGGCGGUCUCUGCAUACUGCUGGACAAGCUCCGGGCAUUUUCUGGUGGCUACCCGCCAGGGUCUGCUUUGCACGCUAGAUGGUGCCACUGGUGCUUUGCAGUACGUUUGUCAAGCAGAGCAGCCAAUCACCAGCAUCGCCCUGACGCAGGACUACCUGGUCACUUCUCACAUCGGCAAUACGCUGAGUUUUUGGGAGCUGACACCUGAGGCGCUUCUUCGAGAAAGUCCUGAAGAAGCCGCCAACGUAGCUUCCGGCAUGGCGCCAGCGCCUAAAAUGGCGCUGUCCACCGGAAUGUUUCAGCUGAAGAAGGUUGCCGACCUGGAAAGUGUCGGCCAGUCACAGAGCUUGAGCCACAGGCUUCUGGGCCAGGUGGCCUCAAUACAGGCGUCAACGGAUCUCAAAGAUGCGGUGCUGACGACGGCGGAGGGCGAAGUUUGGACAAUUCAACUGCCCUCCAAGCAACCACAAGAUCCGGACUCUGCCGAAGUGGAUGAGUUCGAGGAGGACGAUAUGUAUGUUCGAGCAGACCAACUACAAAUGGAGCUGCUCACCUGGUUUCACACCAACGCCAUCACCAGCAUCUGCCCCAUUGGCUCCGGAUUGCAGGUCUGUGCCAGCGCGGACGAAGGUGGUCGGCUACGGUUUUGGCAGGUUGCUCGCGGAGAAGACCCGAAGGGUUUCCGAGUGCUGCGAUUCGCCUCCGCUUUGACAAGUCUCACUGUGGAAUCCAGAGGGAAAUUUCUUUUGGCGAGUACGGAUGCGGGAUGUAUUCAUGCUGUUUCAUGCGAUCCAUGGUCUGAAGCCCAAGUGAUCGACACCCAACGCAUUAGCGAAGUUGGAAUCGCGAAGAUAUGCUGUAUGACUUCAGAGGACGGCUUGGCACUUAAAGUGGCCGCCCUGCUCUUCGACGGCAGGAUAGCCAUGGUCUCUUUCUCGCUACGGGAUCCCAAGGUGAAAAUGUUGGGAUUGGUUGAGAACUUGGGCAUGGUGGAAGACAUUUGCUUCCAUGAUCAGGACAAAAGUGAGGACUUGAGUAUGCCCGGGAAGCUCUUAGCGGUCGGCUACAAUGCAGAUGCAUCCUGCAUGUGGGCGAUCAGAUCGUUAAAGGAGGGUUUCGAGCCGCGAGACCUGACGAUUCCGCGCGAGGCGUGCCAGUUGUGGUCGACGAAGCUCACCUCAGACACAGGGCUGGCGGAGGGACGACCUACCGCGGUGAGCUCGCUCUCAAAGAACGAAGUAGCCGUGGGCUUCGCAAAUGGCGCAGUCAAGAUCUUUGCAGUGCCGUCCCACCCUGGGCUGAUCCUGAAAGCGGCGCCCGCCGUACCGCAGCGGAGCCUUCUGCAACCUGGCAUCCAUCACCUCAUCACAAGUCUGCAGCCAAACCUCAGCGCAACUAUCCUGACGGUGGGGUCAAUGGAUGGGACAGUGCUGAAGCUAGGCCUUCCAGAAGGAAAUGAGCUCCUCUGCAAGACGCUCCACAACCCUUACAAUGGGGGCACCGCGCAGGCUGCCUGCAGCCGUGAUGGAACUGUGACGAUGACCACAGGCGGUACUGAUGGCAUCAUCGUUUGGAGCGAGCCUGGUUCCGGCAUAACACUUACACCUGACGAUUCCCACCUCAACGUUGAGGAAGAAGAUGGCUUUGGUGAUGCGUCGCCUGGAAGUUUUGCCUUGGAGUUGGAUGACACGGACAUCAAUGCCUUUCCUGCAUGGGCUCCGCCAGCAGCAGGCGGCGACGUCGCCGCGGGAGAUGACGAGGAGGUUGAGCUGUCCGAAGAGGCAGCCACAAAGAGGAAGCUAAUGGCACAUGAGAUCGAAGCCCUUCGCAAGAAGCUGCGAAUCCUUGUAGACCACAAUGCAAACGCACCGGAUCUUGAGAAGCUUGACCGCAGCGAGUUUUGCGUUGACUUCGAGGAGCGAUUCGCCAUCGCCUCCAAGACGAAGGAGCGCUGUGACGAGCUGCGUGCUGACAUAGAGCACCAAAACGUGGCGAGGCAGCUUGUCCGGGACAGGCUCAUCAAGGAGUUCUGGGAUCCAAUGCGUGGCAAAGGCUGCCAGAUUACGUCACUGACUUCCAACCUGGCAGUCUCCAACUAUCCCGAGCGGACAGUCAGCGAGGAAGAAAGCACAGUGACGCGCAAGCUGCGAAUGCUCCGCCGUAGUGAGCAGCUGGAGCUUCAAAUGCUUCGUGGGAGCUGCCCACCCGAACUGAAGAAUGACAUGGUGUUGGACGAGGAUUCCUUCACGACAGGCCGGGAGCAGUACAUCGUGAAUUGGUGGCCAGCCAAAAACACCAAGGCUGCCGAGGCGCGGGCAAAGCAGCUCGCAGAGAUUGAGGCGCAGGCAAAGCAAGCAGCUCAGGAGAGAAAAGCUGCAGCAGAGAAAGAAGCAGAAAAGCAGAAGGAGAAAGAUGCCAAAGCAGCAAAGGAAGGCAGGGAGAAGUCCGAAGAAGCUGGAGGCGUCAAGCCUGCCGACGACACGGGAGGAGGAACCAGCGCUGAUUCUAUUGUCGCUGAAGAGCAGCAGUAUAUGUACGAGCCCUUCGAGCUCGUCACAAAUUCCCGGCGACGACUGCAGAUCCACCUGCUGCAAUCCCUGUCGGCGGAUUAUCGCUUGCACUUCAACGAGCUCUUCAAGGCAUGCCAAAGCGACAAAAAGAACAUCAUCGAUGGGAUCAAGGAAAAGUGCAGCCGCAUACGGCAAAUUCUUGGAGAACUUCAGAUUGAGGAGGAGGUUCCUGAACCAACCUUGCACGAGGUCGAAGAUGCCGAUUCCGUUCUGAAGGUUAAGGACCAUGAGAUAACUGUUGAGAAGUGGAUCUCGCCGGAAGAGAAGAAAGCAUUGGAAGAGGCUGCAGCGAAAGAAGAGGAGCGCUUGCGACAGCUCCGAGAAAACGAUGCUGGCCAGCGCGCAUUGGUGCAAAUGAUGGGCGGGACACUCAAGACGAAGAAGGACCUCACGCCUUUGGAAAUCGUUCUGGACAAGGAACCUUGGAUGGAUGAAAUCCCGGAAGACGAUAUGUCUGAGGCUCAAAAACUGGCCUUUGCCGAGUACCAGGCUAAGGAAAAGGCUCUCGCUGAAGCGCAGGAUGCGUAUCGAAAGCAGCUCUCAGCAGAACUGAAAACCCUCCGAGCUGGCGUUCAAGAAUUGACGCUGCAGUUCGAAGGCUUACUGAAAAAGCUGCAUCAUGAACGCUUCGCUCAUGAUGCUAAAUUUCUUUGCCAAGAACUGUACUGUGCCCGACUGCAGCUGGCACUGCUACAAAAUGUGGAGGACAAUCUUGUGCGCGAACAGGCCCACUUUGAUCUGGCCGCAGCGCAGGAGAAGGUGCAAGCCUGCGACGCGCGGUUCAAUGCUUUCUCAUCCGAAGUGCAGAAGGCGAAGGGAGAACAGGACGAUCGCGUAAGAUACGAGAAGGAGGUCUCCUCUGCCCAGCACUUCAGGCAGGCGUUUGCAAACUCCACCCUGGAAGCAAAUGCCAUUACAGCUCUUCUGCAGCUUUUCCGCAAGAAGAAGGAGCUCAAUCGGGCAAAGUCCUUUGCUUCUGAAGAUGGUCAACGAAUGCGCAGAAGUGCCUCGCAAGUCGGGCUCCCGAAGGGCGUGCCAGGCUUUAGCCUCCAGGAGGAUGGAUCAGCAGAUCCAUAUCUGGAUCUAGGGGUAGAGCAGAAGCAUGCUCAAGCUCAAGUCGAAGAUGACAUCAAAUUCGAGGAUUGCCCGGAAGGUGUCGAUGAGGACAGCUUCAACCGAAUGCUGGAGCUUCGAGCCGAGAAGCUUCAAGCAGAGGCGGAAGUUGCGCGGGGCGCAGCUGUGCUCAGCGAAAUGGGCGGCUUCCUUGGGCAUUUAGAGCGCGAGUGCUCAGAAGCCAAAGCAGAGAACGACCGACUGGAGAGAGAGCUCCGCGAGCACAAGGGGCUUAUGAGCCGCGAGCUCUACGACAUUGAAAUCCUUUUCAAGCUGAAGCAGGGUCAGGUGGAAGUCCCUCAAGCAGCAGUGGUCACCGACUACUCGGACGCGAUCGUCAUUGAUCACGAGGUCGUGGAGUCGCGCAACAGAAGAAUCACUGAACUGGGCAAGGACAAGGUGCAUAUCCUGACGAAAAUCAAGGAGUUCAGAAAAUCUCUGAGCACUCUGGACUGGGAGCACGAGAUGCUGGCGCUCCAAACAACAGACCUUGAGGAGCGUACAAAGGAUGUACACAUGCUGCGGGUAACGAAGGACCUACAGUCGCUGCUGAAGGGUGGCGAGGAAGGCAGAAACAAGGCGGAGUCAGAUCUGCUUGAGCGCAAGAUCGAGCACCUGAGCGAAGCAACCGAGAAAAAGGAGCAGGCCCUUAAGAAGCAGCACUCGAUGCUUGCCCAUGCUGCCAAGCUACGAAAGAAUGAAAACGGAAUGCUGGAAAAGAAGUUGCGCGAGCUACAGCAGAAUGUCAUUCAGCGUGAGCACAUCCGGCGGCUGCGAGCACCUUCCGGGCAGCCCCAGAAGACCGGAGGUGGUGGUCGUGUUGAGGAGGAUGAAGGAGCCGCGAAGGCAGCGCAAGCAGCCUUCAAAGAGGUCAUGUCAGAUCGCUUGCAAAGCGCACCAUUUCUUUCCAGGGUAGGCUUCUGCCUUUUGCGCUCUUCUCCAUAUGGCACGAUUAGCCGUGAUGUCAGCCUGCCUGCUCAGUUGCGAAGCCGACAGAAGCUCAUGGAGAUGGCUUCUGCCUCAAUUUCGGGAUGUGCUGCUUGCAAAGAGUUGCAUGCAACAAAGGCAAAGAAGAACACAGAGGAGAUCGAGAUCCUGCACAAGGACCGUCCAGAUCGAAGUAACAAACUGCUUCAAGCUGUGAAGAUGCUUUUGUACACGACCUUGGUCAUUGGUUUUGAGCUGCAUGAUGCACAACAACUACUGGCUGCUGCGCUGGCAAAGUCACAGGAGCUGGACCGUUUGAGACAAAGGACUUUCCCUUCGUUCGUCCAGUUGCACGAGGCCGAUCUUUAUGUGAAAGUUAUCUGUAAGCUGUUCGGUGCGGGCGACGAAUUGGAGAUGGUUGUCGACUCUACCUUUAACUUCGAGAAAAAGCGCUUGACCCCAACCAGGUACAACCGGAACUUGAUGGUCAAGACAGUGCGGGCAAUGCAGAUUGUAGAGAGGAUCAGGUCGGUGAGGAAAGAGCGAUUCCACAAGGCCAGACUUGCUGCGCAACUCAGGAAUCGUCAGACCAGCGCACAGAAGGAAAUUGCGAAGAGUGCCCACUUGCUGGAGGGGCCCAACAAGGAAAAGGCACUCCGCUACCAGAAGGAGUUUGCUGGAUCUACGAAGGCAAAAGCCAGACAAAAAGUCAAGGUCGAGAAAGCUGCUGGCGGCUCAAUGGAAGUCGAAGAGUAG